AUGAGACAUAUUCAGUUGGCAAUUAUCUUAUUUUCAAUUAUUACAACAACCUGCGCCCUUGGAUUUAAUGGGAAAUUGGUUAAUAUUCCUGAAAGAGUCUCAGAUAUACCAAAAGAUGUAACGACCAGCGCCAAGAUCCCCAAUAUCCAGAAUUUGGCUUAUCGUACCAGGGUAGACUUGUAUAGCCUCAAUGAUUCCAAGGAUACAAAAAGUUUUAAGCCACAGAGGGCACUGGUGGAUAAAAACAACAAUUUUAUAUUUGAAGGACUAAAUGAAGGCGAGUAUCAAUUGAUUGUCAACUCUUACGAUGUUACCUUCCAUAACAACAUCUACAGGAUCAAAGUUGGCGAUGAUGAAAUAAUAGCUUUUGAAAAUCCAUUGGGAUAUGACAGUUAUAAUACUUCGUCAGCUACAAAGAUCGAUCAUGACAAACCACUUCAACUAAGGUAUAAAGAAACUAAGCAGUUCUACGAGAGGUCAGGAGGAACACUCGUGGAUAUGGCCAUGAACAGCCCUUUUGGCUUUAUAUUCAAAAACAGAAUGUAUACUAUCCUAUUCACAGUGUGCUUGGCCAUUAUGGCUGCACCAUAUGUAUUGCAAUGGAUCAACCCCGAAUUAGCCGCCGAGUUGAAUGAAGCGAAAGUUCAAAUGUCAAACGAGAGACAGGGAGGAGAGAGCGCAAGGAGAGGCGCCAUGGGCCAAGAAAUACCAAUUGAGAAAAUCGAGAGUAACCAGAACUAUGCAAGAAGUGGCAAAAUUAGUAAGAGACGGCCGUGA